GACGCCGCAAGCGCCAAGUGCCUCGAACACUGCGGUGCCCAGAGGCCGCUUCACCUUCAAGCGGAGGAUGUUCACCACCGAGCCAUCUGCAGUUGCAGCGGGAGAUUCUCCGAGGAAGCCUAUCGCAGCAGUGCUAUUCCCCAGAGAGUCACCCGAACCUCUGCCAGAAGUGACAUCCGCGUCUCCGCCCAAGAAGACACCUGAACAUCUGCCAGAAGUGACACCUGCGCUUUUACCCAAGAUGCCUGCUCCUCUGCCAGAAGUGACAUCCCCGCCUCUGCCUAGGAAGACGCCUGCGCCUCUUUCAGAAGUGACUUCUCCGCCUCUGCCUAAGAAGGCCCCUGCACCUUUGCCAGAAGUGAGACCUGCGCCCUUAGUGAAGCCUGCAGUACCCGCGGCCCUAGAGGCGCCUGCGCCGGGGCCCAGUUCCACCACCCCUGCAAUCGAGGGUAUCCAAGAAGCUGCCCCAUUCCAGCCGUCUCUGCCGGCGCGGAAGGUCACUAAGAAGCCCCCCAAAGCCGCAGAGACUCGCACGAAGACUCCGAUGGUGUCUUCGCCCCCCGCUGUCGCCAAAGCCGCGCCGGCCGCGCCCCGAGCAAAGGGCAGCCGACGCUUGUUCUCGUCCAGCGCCGCCCCGGAGAGUUACUUGAAGUUCCUGUCCAAGCUGCCCGCCUCCAAGAUGCACUUCACCAUCCCGGCUGUGAAGGACGCCGCGCCGCCGCCACCACCACCGCCGCCGCCGCCAAAGCCCACGGAAGAGGCCACGAGUCGGGAGAGCACUCGCCAGUUCUUCCAGCGGCAAGUGCAACUGCAGGAUCAGGCACCGUUCAGCGCUCCUGAAACACAGAUUCAGGAGCCGGUGACGCGACUUGAGGAUCCAGCAGGAGCUCUUGAGUCUAAAACUCAGAGGCCUGUGUCGCGACCAGAGGGUCCAUCAAGUGCGUCUGAACUCCAAAUUCAAGAGCAAGGUUCAUCAAGUAGCCCUGAGCCUCAAAUUCAAGAGCAAGGUUCAUCAAGUAGUCCUGAGCCUCAAAUUCAAGAGCAAGGUUCAUCAAGUAGUCCUGAGCCUCAAAUUCAAGAGCAAGGUUCAUCAAGUAGCCCUGAGCCUCAAAUUCAAGAGCAAGGUUCAUCAAGUAGUCCUGAGCCUCAAAUUCAAGAGCAAGCGGUGCUUAUCCAAGCCACAGCAAGUGUUCCUGAUCCUCCGAUUCAUGACCGAGCGAUGCUAAUCGAAUCUACACCAAGUGUGCUCGAGCCCCAAAUUCGAGAGCAAGCUAUGGUAGUCGAAGCCACAGCUAGUGCCCCUGAGUCUCAAACUCAAGAUCAAGCGAUGCUGUUCGAAGCUCCUGAAAGUGCGCCUGUACCCCAAAUUCAAGAUCAAGCGAUGCAAAUCGAAUCUACAGUAAGUGCCCCUGAGCCUCAAAUUCGAGAUCAAGCGAUGCAAAUCGAAGUCCCAGGAAACGCCUUCGCCCCGCCGGAGCAGGUGCAGGGUGUCGACGAAGACCCAAAUGUCCCAUCCGCCGCGCCUGGGGACUCUGCAGACCAUUCCUCGCAGUCGAGCGAGCGCGUCGCUGCUGCCGAAGAAAAGCCAGCAGCAGCCCAGCUACAGGCACCCAGCAAGCCCUCCAUGGAGCGCAUGUUCAGUAAUGACAGCGACGCGUCGUCGCUGCCGGCGACCCAGGCCGUGGACGCCAGCCAGGCGGAGAGCCGCGACCUGGAGGCAGCCUACGUCCUGCCGGACAUCUCCCUCGACACCGGCUUGUCCCUGUCCACGGUGUGCGGCACCAUGGGCCUCGACAGCGAGCUGGCCGCACCGACUCUGCCCCGCGCGCUAGAGGAAGCCGACGUGGACCCGAUCCCACCCCCGCCGCCUUCACUUGCUGUCCACCACGACCUGGCGGUGGUUGGGGUUGCCGAGGAACACGCCUGCAGUGGCCCGGCCGAGGAAGGCACUGUUUCUGGCGUGCAGCUACCCCCACCACCGCGUGACACCGCCGGCAAAGGCGACGGCGUUUUGAAGUUUGCGAAGGACGUGGAGGCCGUCACCAAUGCAUCCCGCCUGGUCACCUGGCUCUCGACCGUUGUGCCAGAGAAAGACCCCGUGGCGACAAGCCCUCCGCGGCUCCCCCAAGCCACCCUGGUCGCGCGGCCUGUCCUGGUGGAUGCAGCACCAGUCGACGACCUGCAGUCCGCGCCAACGCCGAGGCGCGAACCUGAAAGUGGCAUGUCGGAGUGCCCGUCGCUCCCUUGCAGCCCGCCGGGACCUGCCCAGAACGCUGCGCCAGCCGACCCAGGAGCCUCAAUGGACGACACUCUCGACCUGCAGUCCAUGCCAACGCCGAAGUUCGAUCUUGCCAGUGGCGUGCCAAAGUGCCCGUCUCUCACCUGCAGUCCCCCCGGAGCCGAGGGGAUCCCCUCCGUCCUGGCCUCGCUCGGUCUUGGAAGACGGAAUCUUGUACCCAUGUUGGCGUCGCCAGGGUGUUCAUUCCCUGCAGCUACCUCUGUAAUUGCGCCAGGAACGUCGAACACCGCAACGCCCCUGGCCGACGAUCAGGACGCCGACGAAGACCCCCUGAGGGACGCCGACGAGUCCAUCUCGUACAGCCCUCUGUCGUCGAGUGUCGACGACGAGUCUCCGAGGCCGCUUGUCAUAGACUGCAGCCCCUGGACGACGAGGCCGCCGCUUCCCCGCGAGCAGGCAGCAGCACUGCAGGGAGGCGAGGAGGCGGCGGUCGGAGGCCGCACGGGACUGCGCUUCCUGCAGGAGUCCUACGCAAUAGGGUGCAGCCAGCUGUCGAAGCGCGGCAGCAGCACCGGGAUAACGCCAGGCUCCAACACCCCAGCUACCUGUGCAUCGAUGGGGACCGACAAGGGCACCUCCACCUUGAAGCGGAGCGCGCGUCCCUCGCCGUCGCCCUCAGAGGACCGCGACUCCCCCUCUUCGCGCGCGACGCCGAGCGCGACGCUCACGACGCCGAGGCGCGCCGUGCCGCUGGGCGUCAGGGAGAAGAAGCGCCGGCGCCUGCUCUGGGUGGAGCCCGAGGCGGACCCCGAGGUGGACCGCGAAACGGGCCCUGCAGACGAAUAGACAAGGUCACAUGUUUUCGGACUAUAAAUUCUCCCAGUUUUUGUUGAUUGUUAAUUUGUAUUUUGUGUUGUAACCCUGAGAGGACGGCCUCCGCAGGUCCCAUGUUUUUCGGACAAUAAUUUCCCCAGUUUUUGUUGAUUGUUAAUUUGUAUUUUGUGGUGUAACCCUGAGAGGACGGCCUCAGCAGGUCCCAUGUUUUUCGGACAAUAAUUUCCCCAGUUUUUGUUGAUUGUUCAUUUGUAUUUUGUGUUGUAACCAUGAGAGGACGGCCUCGGCCUCUCGUGACAGUAAAGAUAGCUAUUUAUUUA